AUGGCAGUGGCGCUGGAAGAAGUGUGGGGGCGGGUCAAGAAUGUCUGCAAGCAGAAUGGUCUACUCAUCCUGUCUGUGCUUGCUGUCGUAGUUGGCUGCUUGCUUGGCUUCUUCCUAAGAGGCAAGCAGCUCUCCGUACAGGAAGUCAAGUAUUUUCAGUUUCCUGGAGAACUGCUAAUGAGGAUGUUAAAAAUGCUCAUCCUGCCACUCGUCGUUUCCAGUUUGAUGUCAGGUUUGGCUGCCCUGGAUGCCAAAUGUUCCAGCCGACUGGGCAUCAUGACCAUCUCCUACUACCUCUGGACCACCUUUGUUGCUGUAGUGGUGGGCAUUAUCAUGGUGUAUAUCAUCCACCCUGGAGGAGCUGCUCAGAAGGAGGACUCCGAAGAGAGCAAAAAGCCAAUGACCAGCUCUGCCGACGCUCUGCUAGAUCUCAUUCGCAACAUGUUUCCAGCAAACUUGGUUCAAGCUACAUUUCAACAGUAUCGAACACAGAGAUUCCCCGAAUAUAUCCCUAAACCAACAGUGGCUCAGCUCUUGGAUGAGACCACCACUCGGAGGGUCUACAUCUACGGCAUACAGGACGACAACGGAACCGACGUUCAGAACUUUUCGCUGGACCUCACGCCGCCACCGGAUGUCAUCAUGAAGACAGCGGCGGGUACCAGCGAAGGCAUGAAUGUGCUGGGCAUUGUCAUUUUCUCUGCAACUAUGGGGAUCAUGUUGGGAAGAAUGGGGCCAAAUGGAAGCGCCUUGGUCAACUUCUGUCAGAGUUUGAAUGAAGCUGUUCUCAAGAUCGUUGCCAUUGUCAUCUGGUAUUUCCCUUUUGGUAUUGUCUUCCUGGUGGCCGGGAAGAUCUUGGAAAUGGACGAUCCAUCCGCAAUGGGGAAGAAGCUGGGCUUUUAUGCCAUCACAGUAGUAAUGGGCUUGGUGCUACAUGGUCUCUUUAUCUUGCCAGCCAUGUAUUUCUUUAUCACAAAGAAGAGUCCUAUUGUUUACAUCAGAGGAAUUCUACAGGCACUACUUAUUUCCUUAGCUACAUCUUCAAGCUCUGCCACUCUGCCUAUCACCUUCAAGUGCCUCUUAGAAAAUAACCACAUUGACAGACGCAUUAUUCGCUUUGUGCUGCCUGUGGGGGCCACCAUCAACAUGGACGGCACCGCCCUUUACGAAGCUGUGGCAGCCAUCUUUAUUGCCCAAGUCAAUAACUACGAACUCGACUUCGGACAAAUAAUCACGAUUAGUAUUACUGCAACAGCAGCUAGUAUUGGUGCAGCCGGAAUCCCACAAGCUGGACUUGUUACCAUGGUGAUUGUGCUGACAUCUGUGGGCCUGCCUACCGAUGACAUUUCUCUCAUCAUUGCUGUUGACUGGGCUUUGGAUCGAUUCAGGACCAUGGUCAAUGUAAUGGGCGACGCCUUGGCCACAGGUAUCAUGGCUCACAUCUGCAGAAAAGACUUCAUUAAAGAAGGCGAACAGGUCCCUCUAAUCUGCGAGACGAAACCCAUGAUCAGCAUCCAACAGAUGAUGAGCUACCAGAACCAGAAGAACGGCUGCUACCCACCGCCUCCUCCGGGUGGCAAGCAUGACCACCUUUCCCCGGAUGUGGCUCGCCUGAUCCAGCUGGAGGAAGGCAUUCGACCAUUGGAGAAGAAGAAACACGCUCACUCUUCGCACCACAAGAGAGGCCACAGAGACAAGGAUCACUGUUCCAUUGAUAUGAACGGUCUGGAGACUAAUGUGUAG